AUGGUAGUGCCCCUUUUUCCACAGAGUCAACGAGUUUUCCCCCUCAACGACCAGCGUAAGACGACUGUGGGUGGAGCAGAGCUUGCCCCGACUAUGACGAACAUCCCAAGAGCUGCCUUUUACUUCGUGUUUCUUCAUCUUUUUUCAAUCGUUCAUGGAGGAUGCAAGAAAGCUGAUUGGUACCUCGGUUUUGACAAGAUUGGGUCUUGCAAAUGCAGUAACCCAGCCAACGACUACAUAAAGGGUUUCGAGCGUAGCCCCAGAGGUUCCCCUGAUGAAAUUUUCCGGAUUGAGUAUGCAUUUUGCUGUACCGCCCCAAACCCAUACGAGAAAGACCAUGGGCAGGCCUACCGAGCCGACUGGAAGAGUAGUUUUGAGAAGAACUAUACCUGGAACACUUGUCAAACUGGGUUCUUCUUACAAGGGCUUUACCGAACAGGCAAACCAGAGUUACUUGAGAAUAUUGAAUCUGGUUGGUGCGCGAAGCCAUCGUCACAUCCACACCACUACGGCCAAUGCUACGUUCAAGAUAUAAGUGAUUCAUUUAAUGAUGCUGGACGUCAAAACAAAAGUAAUGGACGACACAAGUAUGACGUGUCACGUCUGGCUGACUACCUCGGGUACGGCUGGUACCACGACGUAAGCGACACUUCUGUCGGUGAAGAUUUCCACCGAGUAGGGGACACUUGGUCCUUCGAUAGUGGAAAUCGCCGGUUGAUCAUGAGCUUUGAGAAUUGGAAGCUGACUCUCAAAAGCAUUUCUUACGGCGAGCCUGUGCUACAGGACCUUCCCCCGACGAUCAUAGGUACUGGCGUAGUGAGAAACACGUUGACUGCCCCGAUCCAACACAGUGUACAGCGCAUCAAUGAAGUGGCGCGGUCGGUGACCCACAUUCCGACUUCCGAAUGGAAAAACCCGGAGGAGCUGAAUGUCAAGAUUCGCUACAUCCCCGAAGGGUUGCCGGCCAGCAGUGGCUAUGACUUUACGUACGAGACGUCUUCAUCCACGGAAGACUACCAUGCCCUCAACUGGACGCUAACUCAGUACAAGACUCGAAGAAUCGUACCUUACAACGCAACAAUCCUUAUACACUUCUCGACAGCACUCAAAGGGUUCCCGAGACUGCGAGACCUCAAAGGGAAAGAAAUAUCUCCACGGUUUACAAGUUACUCAUUUGGAGACGGCAGCGAGCCAUUUUACAAAGCCUUGAAGGAACAGAGUGAGAAGCAACAGGGGCCGUGGCUGUGGGCAGAGAUGAGGGCACAGUAUGGCUCCUCCCAGGCUGUGAUCAACAGUCUCACCUCGGAGGAGCGCUAUGAUUUCACGCUCACCGGCAAGUUUGAAGACGUCUACAGCAAGAAGGUCGAGAUAAGCUGGGAGCAGAUUUUCCCAGAACCGGAGAGACAAAGCUCUCUUGUGGCCAUCUGA